UUUUAUUUGCCACCUCUGUAUAGCUGGGUUUGGCUGAGCUGGAGCAGGAAGCAGAUGAACCCCCGGAGAACUACCUUUGGGAACAAGAAAUUGCCAAUCAGAUUCAGAGUAUCAGCGUAAAGCUUAAUGCUGCUAGAUCCACUAAGGCUGUAUACGAGAAGGCUCUUAACAUCUUGCAGAAGGAUGCUAUCAGGUUCGACGAGGUGUUGGAAGGACUGCGGAAGGAUUUGGUGCACCAAUGCGAGAGUAUUGUGAAGGCAGUGGAGAUGGGCCAAAACAUGUCUGAGGAGUUGGACAGUCUGCAACGAGAGUAUAAGAUGACUGAACGCACUGUGCGAGCUAACAUGAAACAACGUGACCGGGCAAUUCGUGGGCUACGUGCAGAGAUAGAUGCAGCAAGGUUACAUUCACAUGCUGGGAUACGUGAUUCUCGAAACAUCAUUCCACCUCAACAGCUAAGAACAUCAAGUCCUAACCUUAGUGAUGAUACGGAAAGUGUUAAAAAUGCUCUUGAGGAAACAAUAGUGAAGCGAGAGAUAUCUGUAACCCAGGAGAUUCUGAACCAUAUCAAGGAGGCUGCGUUAGUACACAGGAUCCAGGACAUCUGUCCCAGGUUGGAGGAGCAGAAGAGACAGAAGACCAGGCUACUGAAACAAGUGCAAGAGAAUGAGGAACAGUUGGCUCGUAUGUUGGACCUUCACAACCAGUUGGAUGUUAUGUUGGAGGUGGUCAUGUACCAUACUAUGACUGACGAAGCAAAACAAGUCAAAGAGGAGAAAUUAAAGCUUCUCCAGGAGAUCGAGAAUCAGAGCGAAACUCUAAAGGAGACAAACGAGGAGCUGGUCAGUGUAGGCCAGAAGACAGUGGCAGUACGUACGGCUCUUCUUUCUCUCAACCUGAUGCUGGAUACAGUGUACCGUGGUGCGACAGAGAUGUCUGUGUACGACAUCAGUAUGGAUAUAGAUGAGACAGUCAGCGUGGCCAGACCUCUCCGUCAGCCCAACACAGAAGCUCUCUCUCUGAUGGAGUUGGUGACAAAGAAAGUGAAAUGGCUAGUUGAACAAGUUAGUCCAGAAGAUUUAGAAGCUAAACCAAAAGUGACUACAAAGUUAGCUGUUGAAACAACAACAAAAGUGGGGAUUGAGGACGAAGCAGAUAAUAUUGUAUCAGACAUGCUGGAUGAGCUGGAGGAUAUGGAUGAUCCUGAUGUGUUGACCAGGAAAGACAUCAAGGCAGAGAGCAAGCGGCUCGUAGAACUGUAUGACAACCCAAGAGCCAUGUUUGAAGAUCAAGGUGGACCAAAGUUCAAGAAACACAAAUGCUUCUAAAACUACCUAAUGAUUUGAGUCUCCUUCUUCCAUAAACUUAUUGAAACAGAAAAUUUAUUUAAAAAUUAUCUGUGAACUAUGAAAAACUGCCCUUCUGUAAAUAAGACAUCCUAAAAGAAGAGUUUAUAUUUAUAAAUAAAUCCAUCUAAAAGCC